GCCCGAUGGAGUCGCUGCAAUCAGCUGUGCAUCAUAUCUUGUUAUGAUAAACAAGUGAUGAACGGCAAAAACACGUAAAAUAACAAUGGAGGGAAUGCUGUAUAAGUGGACAAAUUACAUAAGUGGUUGGCAACCUCGUUGGUUUGUGCUUGAUGGAGGAACUUUGUCUUACUAUGACUCUCAAGAAGAUGCCUGGAAAGGUUGCAAGGGCAGCAUUAAAAUUUCAGUUUGUGAAAUCCAAGUUCAUUCCUCUGACUCUACACGAGUUGACCUGACCAUACCAGGAGAGCAGUACUUUUACCUCAGAGCCAUCAAUGCGGCUGAGAGGCAGAAAUGGCUGGUGGCACUGGGAACAGCCAAAGCUUGCCUUACAGACAACCGAACAAAGAGAGAAAAAGAGCUCCAGGAGAACACAGAGGCGCUGAAAACUAAGAUGUCAGAGCUCAGAUUGUACUGUGACCUUCUUCUACAGCAAGUAAACAAGAUCAAGGAGAAUGAUGAGCUAGGGGACACAGAGGAGACAGGUCUCGACACUGGAAACAUGGUGAAGUCAACAUGCACCACUUUCCUUAAGACUUUAGAGGAAUGCAUGCAGAUAGCAAAUCGUACUUUCAGCACAGAUGUGGCAACGCAGAGUCCUCCGGGAUCUCCUCCAGUAGCAGCCAUCAAACCUCAGAAGAUUAAACCUGUCAAUCAUUUAAAUCAGAACCUUGGAGAAAAAUGGAGAGAUUUGGCUGAAACCUCAGGAGAAGCAAUCGCACAUGAGAGCCAGAGCCUUGACUCUGGAGCAGAGGGACCAGAUGAGCCAGAUAGACCAGAACACCAUUCUUCCCUGUCAGACACUGAUGCAGCCAACGGAAACAGCUCAGUCCACGAGGAACCAUCUGAUCCUAAUUUACACACUACCCAGAAUACCUCCGAGAUUGAACACUACAACCAACCAGCAGAGGGGGAUGAGGAAAAUGAAGGCGAUGAUCAAAAGGAGACAAAACAAGAGCAGAAGCACAGACUGGACCAAAGUGAAGAGUACGACAACAACAACAAGGAAGUGAAUGCCACUGUCCAGCACCAACAGGAAGCUGUUCCAGACCAAGAAGAGGCUCAUCAUGAAGGCGAGAUGUGCAGAGAUUCAACGGAGCCAGAAGACACAGAGCAGGUGGAAACUUUCUUCAGCACAAUGAGUCACAGAUUUAGUGAUAUAAGACUGGACGACGACAAUGGUAUCCCUACUCAAGAGUUUUUGGACUCAUGCUAUGCAAUAGUGCCUGUAUUAGACAAGCUGGGGUCCACAGUCUUUGCACCAGUUAAGAUGGAUUUUGUCGGAAAUAUCAAGAAAAUUCACCAGAAGCUGAUGUCAGACCCCGACAGCUUCCCCACACUACAGUCCAUCGUGCUGCAGGAAGUCCAGACGAAUGUUACCCAGGUGCGCAACUCGGCCACCGAGGCUCUGCUGUGGCUCAGACGAGGUCUGAAGUUCCUCAAGGAGUUCCUGUCAGAGGUCAACGCAGGACAACAAGACAUCCAGGGGGCGCUAAAUAAUGCCUAUGGAAAGACCCUUCGACAGUACCACGGAUGGGUUGUGCGAGGCGUAUUUGCUUUGGCGCUGAGGGCCGCCCCAACUUAUCAAAGUUUCAGUGCUGCCUUGGUGUCGAGAGAGGGCGACGAGCUGAAGAGCGGCUUCACCAGCGGCAUGCACAGGGACCUGGGAGUGUACCUGCCUGCCAUGGAGAAGCAGCUGGCCAUCCUAGAUGCCCUGUAUGAAGAUUAUAACCUGGAGUCAGAUGAAGUGGUGUGAAAAGGUGAUGGGAGAAAUGCUCUGACUUUAAGGAAAGACAUAACCUGACCGCAGGGGCAGAGUAGUGGCUAACUGCUGAAGGAGGGCGCCAGAUGCAUCGAGUGCAUCUCGUGUACAAAUAGUGUGAGCAUGUCCCGUGUCAGUGUGAGGUGUUUCCAGUGGCUGUUAAACUCAACGACAUUAGAGGGUCUAGGUUUGAAGAUGGUAUUAAUGUCUGUAUUUAGGAGCCCACAAGAGGCAAAGCAAAUCAUUACCAAGAGAUUACACAUUAUGGUUUGACAAAGUGUAGUUUCUGGGUCUUGUUUAAUAAACCACUGACAGAGUGGCAGGGGUGGGGUUAAGCCCUAUUAUGCAGAUACCAACCAUAAUGAUUCAUGAUGCAUUUGUUUCCAGUGCACAUUUUGACGCUGUAAUGUGGCUUUCUAUGUACUGUACAUGUAUUAAGGUACAUAACCACAGGGUAUUUGGCUCUAGUCACGUCCCCGAAAGAUUGUUUGUGAUUGAACUGAUCAGAAUGCAAAGAAAAUUUUAAUGAAGAUUGUCCUGCUUACAUGGAUUCAUGGAACAGGUUGUUACUUGUGUCUAAUACAAAGCACGAUUUAACUGAAAACAAUGUCAGAUUGUACAAUGUCCAAUGUAUGCUUCAAGUAUGUGAUGGGAUUGCAUACUGGGCUGACUUUAAUUUUUUAGGCAAAUAUUUUUUCUUGCACUGACUCACUGAAGUUUAGUGGAAAAUCUGAUUCUGCUAAAAAUUCAAUAUAAAUCCUGCAGGUUGACAAUGCAUUUGUUCUGGUUUACAUUGAUAAGAUGUUAUGAGCUCUUGCUCUAGAGACUUUCCAUGGGACCAAAUAGGAACUGUCAUGUGAAUGGCUUUAGCCUCCGCUGCCUAUAGUACCACAACACACAAGAAUGAAAUAAUGCAGUGAAGCUGUUUAAGUACUGACAACUGCUGAAUAUUUAUGUAGACAUCCUCUGCACAAACCUAUGCAUAGUAUGCAUUUUCACGAUGUCUAUUUAUUAUGUCUUAAGUUAUAAAUUUCGCAUUAAUGUCACAAGGAUCAUGUCAGUACAACUUUUUGUGUGAAUGUACGGACAUUUGUAUCCACAGUGCAUGUUUAUUGAUUGCAUGGUUUUAUGUAUUAAGUAACAUAGGUGCCAAUGGAAAUAUAGGCUAAGGCCUAGAAUUAACCAAGUUAAUAAAUAAUCCUAACGGGGAUAGAUUGUGGAAGUUAAAAUACAUUGAUUCUUCAUCUCUCUACUUAUAAUGAAAAAUAUCCUUCGGCAAGUCUACUCUACAGAUUUCAGCAUUUUUUCACCAUCUGGUCCAUGCACUGUUCCAAAUAUACUUGAGUGUUGUUACCAGCCGUGCUUAAUAUUUUAUGAUGUCGAUUCAACAAUGAAAAAAAAAUGAGUGGUAAGCCUCCACCCCCCCGCCCCCCGCCCCCCGCCCCCCCGGCCAGGUUAAAGUUUGUCCACAGAUUCACUGAGCCAUUCGAACAGAGCUGGAACAUCCUCAUAGGGCUUUUGUACCAAGGCAUACCGUGUAGUAUUUUUAACUUUGUCUAACUUUUCUUCUGGGUUUUCAGGAAUGCACACAGUAAUAUUUCUUUAAAUAAGUCAUUUGCAGCAGGUUUACAUCACAGAUGUGCGACAGGUUGGUUUCCUGUCGCAGAUGAAGUCCAAUGUUAAUCCUGAAAUUCUGCUAUUGUAUUAUUACAAACAUUUGAUUUGUUUUUUCUAUGAUUGUAUAUAAGAUACUAUUUGAUUUUUACAUAAUAAAAAAUUAAGUUGUC